AUGUCUGCGUUCCCCAAUCCACCAUCUACUCCACCGCUUCGCGGCUCUGUUGAGCCUACUCUGAGCACUCCUGUCGAGUCGAUCGAGACCAUGGAAGAUGUGGAGUACAUCGAUCUCACCGUGUCCUCGGAUGAUGAGAUGGUGCAGGGUCCCCCGAAGAAGAUCAAGUUGAUCAAACCUCUUCCUGCAGGAGAUGCAGAGAAGGAUGUCAUUCCUGCUCCGACUGCAGAUGGUAUUACUGUUGAGGACGAUGCUCCUAUGAAUGCCUCUCGCACCGAGAACGGCACCUUUGACACCAACGCUGAGUGUCUUGUUGCGACUCCACCUGCUACCAGCCCACCUCCUGGAACUUUCAAGGACGUCCCUGGUGAUAUUCCUGAUGAGACCGCAGCCAUCGCCGGCGAGACAACCACAUCCGUUCCGAACGCCGUCUCCGCAAGUGAUGAAGGUCCAGUUCCAUGGCUCAGAAGGCCAUGCUCACCCUGGUCCCCCGGUCACUAUCCCGUCUUUGACCCCGAUGACGAAUGUUUCGAGUUCGGCAGCUUCGAUGGCGACAUCUUCACCGAGCCAUAUGCAUUCAAAGAAGCCGUCUUGCUGGUAUUACACUAUGAGCAUCGCAGUGAAAGCACCCUCGUAGAGAACCUUCAAGAUUGCCUGCGAGGCUCAGCUCUCACCUGGUACCUGGAGGAACUGACUGACAAGGAGCGCGAAGAUUUACGUGAUGGGGACGUUGAGUACUGGCUUGAUGCUCUCAUUGAGAGGUUCUGUCUCGAUUAUGAAGAAUAUGUCAGGCGACUCGGAGAACAAGCUUUGGGCUUGGAGGCCCUGCGACACGACUGCGACCUUGAGGAAUGGGUGGAAUCGAUGUUCACUAACGCCAGACCAAUUUGUGAUGGUGAUUUGGAGGCGCUUCACCUUAUCUGGGAGCAGAUCGACCCGGCUCUGAGAGAGGACGUACCUGAGCCAGAUGAGCGGACAGAAUAUCAGGACUUGAUGGAGAAUCUCGCACGUGCGGAGGUGAAGUGGCGGAAAAUGCUGGGUCUUAAGCCAAGAAGAUGGUGA